AUGUAUGUUUUUUGGUUUGGCCGUACUGCGAAGAACGUUCUCCUUGCUGUUGCGACCAGUCGUACCUGUUGUGACAACUCUUGUUGUUUGCGAAUUGAGAAACGAAUAUUCAGGUGCAUAGAAUUGAUUUUUCUUUUGCGGUAUGUCGCGGUUGUUGCGGAAUUGUGGCCAUAUGGAGCCAUACGAAGGAAUCCUUUUGCGUUUUGCCAGCCAUUUUGUGGAGUCAAUUAUCCUCUUUCCUUUUCAUCUCUGCAUAAGGAAUUUACGAUGUGUUGCAAACUCUCAUUUGUGUAG